ACUAACGAAAGGACCAUAAUUGCAUUAUCAUCAUUGCCGUAAUAUAGUCUUGUUGAAAUGAAGCUGCAAAUCUUCAAGAUAUUGACGUUGCUGAACGUUGCCGCAACUGCGUCGGCAACGACUGCGGCGGGAGCGCCCCCAAUCGGCAACAUGAACCGUGCCCAUGGUAUGUCACAACCAACAAUCGAUGGAACGAAAACUGAAACUUUUUGGGGACUGAACCUGAUAGUUUCAUUUGAGACUGGAUGCUUUCGUCAUUACAGAUGAUGCCCAGUCAUGAAUUUCUUCUUCUCAUACCUUUUGGUUUGGUUACUUUUCUCGUCGACGUAAAAAUAUUUCGAUUUAUUCUAUUCUGUACAUGUUGAUGGUGCAYACGGAACAAAAGCUGUGGAAGCAAAAGCCGUUGAAGAUGGCUAUGAUUACAUCAUCGCUGGUGGCGGUUUAGCAGGUUGUCUGUUGGCGGAUCGACUCUCCGCUGACGGAAAAAAAGUUUUGGUUUUGGAAGCUGGAACCCCAGAUUACAAUUCCAUGAUUGUCCGUAUCCCUGCCGGAAUCCUCCGCCUCUUCCGAAAUACCAAAUACGAUUGGCAACACGAAACAGGUGGCGAGAAGGCAUGCAAUGGGCGCAACGUUUUCUUGCAGCGAGGUAAGGUCCUUGGUGGUUCUUCCUGCACCAACGUCUGCCUCCACCACCGUGGAUCUGCCCAAGACUACGAUGAUUGGGGUAUUCCAGGCUGGAAGGCUUCGGAUGUCUUGCCUUUCUUCAAGGCGAGCCAAAAGGAUAUGACGGACCGCUCCCCGGAAUUUCACGGAAAAGAUGGGGACUGGGUCAUGGAUGAMGUUAAGUACCAAAAUCCUCUGAGCAAGAGAUUCCUUGAGGUCGGCGAGAAGGCCGGCCUUGGAACCAACGAUGACUUCAAUAACUGGUCCAGACCGCAGGAGGGUGUUGGCCGAUUUCAGGUAUCGGAAGUCAACGGAGAACGUUGCUCUGGAGCGAAAGCAUUUAUUUCCAAGGCAUUGAAGAGAAAGAACUGUGAAGUUCGCACGGGCACAAUGGUUCGUCGUAUCGAUUUUGAUGGAUCCAAGACCGCUACKGGGGUCACCUAUGAUUUGAUGGGCGACGACACUAUGACGGUAAGUGUCUUCUUUGURCCUGAUCUUGUGAGGRAAGGCGGUUAAUUUUUCUUCUUGCAUCGUAGUUUUGACAUCUCACUCUGAUCACAWUUUAUGUGUUCCUACAUCUAGCCUUUCAAUGCAAAACUCAACGACGGAGGCGAAGUCAUUGUUACAUCUGGAGCUAUCGCUUCGCCCCAGCUUCUUAUGUGCAGUGGAAUUGGUCCAGCUGAUCACCUGAAAGAUCAUGGUAUCCCUGUUGUACAUGACAAUCCUUCCGUGGGCAAAAACUUGCAGGAUCACCCCGCCGCAGUCGUUUCGUUUAAGACCCCCCAAAAGGGCGUUAGUGUUACUUCCAAAUUACGAUUAUUUGGUUUGACAAACCCGUUCCCAAUCAUUCAAUGGCUUCUCACGAAGACAGGGUUACUUACUUCGACAGGUUGCGAUCACGGGGCCUUUGUCCGAACUUCUGCUUCGUCUAGGGGSCAACCCGAUCUUCAGAUUCGAUUCCUUGCUGCUUUGGCUCUUGGACCUGAUGGUAUGACCACUUUUACUCAGUUCCGAAAUAAAAAGAACCACGCAGAUGGAUAUUCUUUCCAGAGUGUUGCUUGUCGAGCCAAGAGUAAGGGGUGCGUCCGCCUGGCGUCGUCCAACACCCACGUCAAACCCAAAAUCGAUGGUGGAUACCUCAGUGAUCCCGCCGAUCUGAAGACUUUGAGAGAGGGCAUCAAACUAGGGCGACAGCUCGGAAACAGACCCGAAUGGGGCGAAUAUUUGGGAGAGGAGGUAUACCCAGGUAUCGACGUUCAAACCGAUGCACAAAUCGAUGAGUACAUCAAGAACACUAUCCACACCGCAAAUGCCCUCACAGGAACAUGCAAAAUGGGAACAGGAAAAGAUGCUGUCGUAUCACCCGACCUGAAGGUGAUUGGUGUCAACGGAGUCCGAGUAGCGGAUUCAUCAACCCUUCCAAACAUUCCUGGAGGACAAACCGCGACACCGACAGUCAUGAUUGCGGAACGAGCUGCUGCCUUUCUUCGCAGUCCCCAACAGUCGGUGACUACUACUACCGAGGUCAUCAUGGAAGAGAAGGCUGUCGAGGAGCCAGCACCCGAGUUGGCAGCUGCCUAAAAUUUCCAUGUCACGGAAAAUUGCACAAUCUGGGAUCAUUUUGAAAUGAUAGAUAGGCCCAACAAUAUGGCAGUCUCACUUCAAAAAUAUGUAUAACGCGAAUGCAGAAAACCUUUAAAAUUAGAAUCAACGUACAUUAUCCCA